UUGGUACUCAACUCUCAUCUUAUGUGGUUUCCGACAUUGUGAGCUUGAGCCAGAAACUUUAUGAAGAUCAAAGACUUUGUCGACACGACAUUGAGCUGCUAGGUUUUAGACCUCCAUCGCAAAAGUCAUACCUGCUUCACACUCAUUAGCAAAUGGCUACCAAGACACUUGAAGCGCGCCUUGAGCGUCUUUCAGUCAAAGAAGAACACGAGAGCGUGCAAAAUGGCGGCGCCUAUCAAAAGUCUAAGAGCACACUAUCAACAGCCAUGCCCCCUACAAGUGCCGGACAAUAUAAUGGCGCCAGCCGAUCCAACUUGCUCAAGCUGGCUCUGCAGAACACCAAUGAAAAUAAAGUGAAUGCAAUGAACAUCAGUUUGUCACCAGUCAAGAGUUCUCAGAGUACGCUAUCACACCGUAAUCUCGACGAGAAUGGGGAGCAACGACACCCAACCCCACUCUACGACCAACCAUCCCCCAAAAAGUUACACUUGGGAAUGUUUGAGAUUGGCAAACCUUUAGGGAAGGGAAAGUUCGGUCGAGUUUACCUCGCCAAGGAGAGAUCCUCUGGUUUUGUAUGUGCACUCAAGGUACUGCAUAAAUCCGAGCUGCAGCAGGGUGGAGUGCAGAAGCAAGUCCGACGAGAGAUCGAGAUACAAAGCAACCUUCGUCAUCCUAACGUCUUGAGGCUCUAUGGCCACUUCCAUGAUAGCAAACGGAUUUUCCUUAUCCUUGAGUUUGCCGGGCGAGGGGAACUGUACAAGCAUCUCCGAAAAGAACAUCGAUUCCCUGAGUGGAAGGCUGCGCAGUACAUUGCUCAGAUGGCUGCUGCUUUGAAAUACUUGCACAAAAAGCACGUCAUGCAUCGAGACAUCAAGCCAGAAAAUAUUCUUGUUGGGAUUCAUGGUGAAAUCAAGAUCAGUGACUUUGGGUGGAGUGUUCAUGCACCUAACAAUAGGAGGCAGACAAUGUGCGGGACACUGGACUACCUGCCUCCUGAGAUGCUUAAACCCGGAUCUCAGGACAAUUACUACAAUGAGAAGGUUGAUCUCUGGAGUCUCGGUGUCUUGACAUACGAGUUCCUAGUUGGGGAAGCGCCCUUUGAAGAUACACCUGUCAUGACGCAGCGAAGAAUUGCAAGAGCCGACAUGACCGUUCCGUCCUUUGUGAGUCCAGAAGCAAAAGAUUUAAUCAAGAGAUUACUGGUAAUCGACCCAGACAGGCGAAUCUCUUUGGAUGAGAUUCAGUGUCAUCCAUGGAUUCUCAAGCAUUGUGUUAAGGAAACGAAGCGGAGUUCUGGUACAUCGAAGGAUGUCAAAGCAUGACUGUACUGCCCGGGCAUUUCAGGGCGUUUUCGGAUUUAGAAGAUCUUACCCCUUCUGUAAUGUUUUCCCUUCACAUUGCCAUGGUCCACAACCACGGAAUUGAUUACAAUGGCGUUUACUGUCAAUAUGGAUGCUGGUCUUCCUGGAUUAGCGAUGGAGUUUUGAUCGGUCUUACUGGCACUUGGACUUUUAAGUUAAACAUACGGCACACACUUCGAGGAAGAGUUUUGGUGGAAACAGACAUCCGUAACUAGCGAUAGAUC